AUGGCGACAAUACCGCUUUUCUUCUCACUGGUACUAUUCUUGCGGCUUUAUCAUGCCUAUAGGCUUGAAAAGCACCAAGAGGGUAAAGGUAAAGACAUCGUUGCCUCAAAAGACCUGGUGUCAAAAACCGACAAUCCGCAAGGUGAUGACGAGGUCUUGCCCGUACAUUUCAUAGAUCAGGCUACCAUUGUACGCACAUCCAUUAUCAACUAUACUUUUCGCUACAACGACGUUCUCGACGCGGCAAAACUUCAUCGAGGUCUACUCCAGCUAUUGCAGAUCCCAGGAUGGAACAAGCUUGGAGGCCGGCUCCGAACCACUAAAAACGGAAAACUUGAGAUUCAUGUACCCAGAAACUUCAGCAAAACCCGCCCUGAAGUGAAGUUCUCUCACGUCGACUACUCCGAUAUCAAAAUCGACUCCCACGGUCUGGCAUCACAACUACCCAGACCCACAGGGUCUACACCAUCCGUACAGGAGGGCUGCCACGCGUUCCGGUCAUUUGCUUUGCCCACUGAUCUUCCCAACAAUAUCGAGCAUUACUGGAAGAACGACCAGCCAAUGUUGUCUCUGCAUGUAACAUCCUUCGCGGACGCCACACUGGUUGGCUUGACCUUUCCGCACUCCCUCACUGACGCCAUGGGCACAUCAGAGUUUCUCAAGGCGUGGUCCAAUGUCGUGGCUGGCAAGAGCAGCUUCGUGAAGCCCCUCCAGGGAACUCAGGUAGAUGUGCUUGGCGAUAUUGGGACGAGCCUUGACAAGAAAGCUUCGCAGGGAGAAUUCACUCUGGAAGGCCAACAAACCCGGGGGUCCUCCUUACUGUCCUUUAUUGCUCGCUACAUGUGGGAUGCCACGACUCGUCGAUCUAUUCGGACGCGACACAUCUACCUGCCUGCUAAAUACAUGUCGUAUCUCCGCCAGGAUGUCGAGGAGGAGCUGAAGAGGCAAAAUGGCGGCGUUGUCCCGUUUGUUAGCGACGGCGAUCUCAUCACAGCCUGGGGCGCUCGCAUGGUCAUGUCAUCGAGCCCAUGGAAGAACUGUAGUGCCGUGAUUUGUAACGUCUUCGACCUCCGCGGGCGUCUCAAGGACACAUUUGCUCGCGGGGGCACAUACCUUCAGAAUCUGAUCCUGCCGGCAACAACUGUCUUGUCAAAGGAAGAAGCGGCCACCGCCACGACUGCCCAGAUUGCUCUGGGCCUGCGGAAGGCCAUCGUAGAGCAGACUGAUGAUGUACAAGCUCGGCGACUCAUGCGUAUCGCACGUCGGUGGUUCUCGAGCAUGGGCACGAUGCCCUUGUUCGCAAAGUGGGAUUCGCGAGUCGUUGCAUGCACGAACUGGUCAAAGGCCAAAUUUUUAGACGCAGCUGAUUUCGGCCCCAACGCUUUGAUUGCGGGUGGUAUGGGCAAUCGCAAAUACAGCGGUACGAAGGUGGCUACAACACAUACGGGACCGGCACAGGCACAAACACACCCAGGCAGACCAGUCAUGUACUGGGGCACGACUCUGAGCGUUACUGACAAACCCCGCGACACCUUCGUGAUCUAUGGCAAAGACGCAGGCAGUAACUACUGGGUCCACGCUUACUUGAGGGAGGAAACGUGGAGCUUGAUCCAGAAAGAACUCGACUCAUUUAGAUAA